AUGCCUCCCAAGAGAGGCAUCGUCAGGUCCGGAAAUGCUGGGAACUCGGCAAAAUCAACAAAACCAGCGGAGACCCAGUCCAACACGCCCGAAGAGAAACCUCUGUUUCCACCAGGGUCGAAAUAUCCUCUGAGCUUGCUGCACGAAAGAUGCCAGAAGAAUGGUUGGGAGAAGCCCAGCGUUGACUCGCGGCGGCAACCAGAUGGCUACUCUUUCGUUGUCACGCUGAACCGACUUAACAAGAAGACUUCUGAAAGGGAAACCGUACGGCUGGAGCCGCACCCUCCGUUUGUCAUGCCCAGCGCUCUCGAAGCACGCCACUGGGGUGCAACGUAUGCUCUAUAUCGCUUUUGCAACGGUAUUCAACUGAACAGAGUGUUGCCUCCCGGACCUCGAGAGUACUGGAACCAGUUAGCUGUGGAACACCAUGCUGCUCCUGAACAUCAAAACUGGAUGUACGAGGCAGACCCCUUCGCCGCUCGCAAGGUUGUAGGGGAACGACAGGAGAAAGCCGCCAAGAAGAAGGAAGACGGUGGCCGCGGUCAAGGGAGCGCCGACCGCGGACCUGGGGCUUCCGACUAUGCGAGCGCUCCCGAAGCGAAAAUGGCUACAACGCUCAGGGACUUUGUCGAAGAUGCAGUCAAGAAGGGAAUCGCCCUGUAUCCUGAGGCGGGCGGCGCGGAACCUGUACGCCUUGCGUCCGAAGAUACACCCCGUCUCACUAAAGAUCUGGGGCUCCUUGGGUUCACUCCAAUACAAACUCGGAAUGCCAUCAAAGCAUUAUCCGAGCCUUCGCCAUUAACGACGAGCUUACUAGCCCGCCUUCCCCCACUGCAGGCCUGCAUAGAGUUCCUCAUUCUACAGGUGCCGGAGUGCGAUCUUCCUUCGCGAUUCCUCCCCUCUGUCAACUCCUCAAACCCCUUCAUUACCGCGGCACACUCUGGUGCUACUGACCUGAAGAGACGUUGGGUCGAGGAAAAGGCUGUGAAAGAAUGCGGAUGGCCUGAGCACGUCGUCAAGGAGUGCACCUCAGACUCUAGGCUUGUUGAAAACUGGCCCCGGCUCAUCUUUGCAUUGAAUUGUAGGUUGUUGGGAGAGGAUUGGGAGGAUGCAGAGAAGAUCGAGCCGCAAGAAAAGGAAGCCAUCGACCAGGACGAGUCUGAUGCCUUGGAAGUCGAAGUGGGCACGAACGGCGAGCUGGUCAUCCCGUUGCCCACUGCGCCGCUCAAGCUGCAUAUCAUUGCCCCGGACCGAGUGCUAUCAAUUGGCGGUACCCAUCCGCCGAUGUAUCUCACGUCGCCCUCCGUGGCAGCCUACGUUCGGCUUCAUAUCAUUUCGAGGCUGAUCCACACCUUCAAAGCGGACUCGUUGCGAGACCCGGGUGACUCGAUCUUCCUGUCGGUCAUGCGGUUUGUAGAAGAGGAGUGGGCAGUCAUUCAAGACAACGGCCCGCCAAAUGUGGCUGAAGUUCUCCAUCACCUUCUUCCCCGAAACGAAGCAGCUCCGUCCCCGGCAACCGCCGCACGCACUCAGACGUCUUCUACCAAUAGACGCACCAGAGCACCCAGACGUGAUGACAGACCAGAUGGGCGCGUCAAAGACGAGUUCGAGCAGCUCACGAGGAAGGUCGAGUAUGCUAAGGUCCUGGCGGGCCGAGAAAAGUUGCCCGCCUUCUCAUCGCGGGAGCAAUUUCUGGACAUGCUCAGGAACAAUCGCUGUGUCAUCGUUGUAGGCGAGACUGGAUGUGGAAAGACGACACAGCUGCCUCAGUUCGUCUUAGACGACCUCAUCAAGGCAGGGCAUGGCUCGAAAGCGUCCAUCAUCGUAACACAACCUCGUCGGCUGUCUGCUCUCGGUGUCGCUGCUCGUGUAUCCUCCGAGCGUCUCGACGAUGGCUCCGUGGGAUACGCCAUUCGUGGCGAGUCUAAGCAGACCACAAGAACCAAGAUUCUCUUCUGUACUACCGGUGUCGUACUCCGGCGCUUGGGCUCAGGAGACAAGCUAGACGAUGUGACCCACGUCGUUGUGGACGAGGUACACGAACGCUCGGUCGAUGGCGACUUCUUGCUCCUCGAACUGCGAGAGCUUUUGAAGACACACCGCAAGCUGAAGGUCAUUCUCAUGUCUGCGACCAUCAAUCACGAAGUCUUCAUACGAUACUUCAACAAUGCCCCUUUGCUGAGCAUACCCGGGUUUACGCACCCUGUCGAAGACUUAUACUUGGAGGACUACUUCCCGCGUCUUAAGUACCGGCCGUCAGGUGCCAAGUCUUUCAAGAAAGGCCGGGGCAGAGAUGAUGAUGCAGAUAACUCCGAACUCGACGACGACGUUCAGGGCGUAAUCAAAGCGAUCAUGCGGUCGGACUCCUUCGACUACGAUCUUAUUGCUGCCACAGUCAGCCAUAUCGUUUCCACUGCACCUAAGCGCGGCGGUAUCCUGAUAUUCUUAUCAGGCGUACAAGAGAUUCGCCAGUGUACGGAGAGGCUGCGAAAUGUACCAAAUUCGCGAGUCUUCCCCCUUCACGCAAACCUCUCAAGCGAUGAGCAACGGGUCGUAUUCGCACCAACCUCUGAGUGGAAGAUCAUCGUUUCGACAAACGUCGCCGAGACUUCGGUCACGAUUGACGAUGUCAUAUACGUGAUCGACGGUGGCAAAGUCAAGGAGACCCAUUACGAUCCCGACGCAGGCCUGACACGGCUGACCGAGCAGUGGAUCACCCGAGCGGCUGCGCGUCAGCGUCGAGGUCGUGCCGGCCGUACCCAACCCGGCGUUUGUUACAAGCUGUACACCCGGGGGCAGGAGAAGAAGAUGGACCCCUUCCCUAUUCCGGAGAUCAAACGUGUCCCACUGGAGAGCAUUGCGCUCACGCUCAAGGUAGUGCAUAAUGACGUGAAGUCGUUCCUCUCUCGAGCAAUCGAUCCGCCAGAUAUCUCCGCUGUCGAUAAAGCGCUAUCGGUUCUGGAGGAGUUGGCGGCCAUGGCCCCUGAUGGCGAGUUAACAGCGCUGGGCCGGCAUAUGGCCAUGUUGCCCAUGGAUCUGCGUCUCGGAAAGAUGCUUAUUCUGGGGACGGUCUUCCGAUGUCUGGGGCCUGUUCUCACUAUCGCUGCGUGUCUGUCUUCGAAACCUCUGUUUGUUAGCCCGAUGGACAAGCGGGAGGAGGCAAACCAGGCCCGCGCGAAGUUCGCUACUGGUAAUAGUGAUCUUCUAACAGACGCCAACGCGUACGAGGAAUGCGCUGGACUCCGGGCCAAAGGGACACCCAAUGCCACCAUUCGCGCGUUCUUGGAGCAGAACUUUAUCUCCCCUUCCACAGUACGCGACGUCACCUCGCUCCGGAUCGACUUCCUCUCCGCGCUCUCCCAGCUUGGCUUCAUCUCGCCCUCCUCCAAGCCGUCGUCUCCCGAACUCAACGCGAACGCGUCGAACACGAACCUCGUCAAAGCCGUCGUCCUCGGCGGCCUCUGGCCGCGCAUCGCGCGCGUGCACCUCCCCCGUUCUGCCAUCAAGUUCGACCGCGUGCAAGCCGGCACUGUGCAGCGCGAGAACACCGCGCGCGAGUAUAAGCUGUACGACCUGCGCGACGGACGGGUGUUCCUCCAUCCUGCCUCCAUAAUGUUCGGCGCCAGCGCGUGGCGUUCGCCGUUUGUUGCAUACUUCCAGAAGCAGAUGACGAGCAAGGUUUUCCUACGCGAUGCAACUGAGGUCCCCAUCUACCCACUCCUGCUCUUCGGCGGCCCCGUCUCGAUCAACCACAUCGGAGGCGGCGUUACAGUCGGCGCGAGCGAUUGUUUCAUCAAGCUCAAGGCAUGGCCCCGCAUCGGCGUGCUUGUCAACCACCUCCGACGUCUUCUGGAUGCGCAGCUGCUGCGGUGCAUCGAGGACGGCACCGUGCUUGAUGUUGGAGGAGCGGGCGAGAACCCGGUCAUACAGGCCAUGCAGGCACUGUUGCUUAACGAUGGGCUGACGAGUUGA